AUGGCCAAGAAGUAUGAAGCACCUGCUAUCGGAAUCGACCUUGGCACCACCUAUUCUUGCGUAGCUGUGUGGCAGAAUAAUAACAAUCGAGCUGAGAUUAUCCACAGUGAUCAAGGCAAUAGAACCACACCUUCUUUUGUUGCUUUCACUGAUACACAAAGGUUGAUUGGUGAUGCCGCCAAAAAUCAGGCUGCAUAUAACCCUACCAACACUGUCUAUGAUGCAAAGAGGUUAAUUGGAAGGAAAUAUAGUGAUUCUAUUAUUCAGAAUGAUAUAAAGUUGUGGCCCUUUAAGGUCAUUGCUGGUGCUGAUGACACUCCCAAGAUCCUUGUUAAGUACAAGGGUGAAGAGAAGUGCUAUGUUGCAGAGGAAAUAUCAUCUAUGAUCCUCUCAAAGAUGCAGGAUAUUGCAGAGAGAUUUUUGGAAUUACCUGUAAAGAAUGUGGUGAUUACUGUGCCUGCUUAUUUUAAUGAUUCUCAGCGAAAAGCCACCAAAGAUGCUGGCCUUAUUGUUGGCCUUAAUGUAAUGCGAAUAAUCAAUGAACCAACUGCUGCUGCACUUGCAUAUGGCAUUCAAAAGAGAGGUGAUUUUGUUGGAAAACGAAAUGUAUUCAUCUUUGAUCUUGGUGGUGGCACUUUUGAUGUGUCUCUUCUCACACUUGAGGGUAAUAGCUUUGAAGUAAAGGCCACUGCUGGCGAUACUCAUUUAGGAGGAGUGGACUUUGAUAACAGAAUGGUAUACCACUUUGUUGAACAGUUAAAGAGAAAGAAUAAUGUUGACAUUAGUGGGAACCCAAAAGCUUUAAGGAAGCUGAGAACUGCUUGUGAGAGGGCAAAGAGGGCACUUUCGUUUGACAUUGAGGCCGCAAUUGACAUAGAGUUCCAGGGUAUUGACUUCUUUUCAUUAGUUACUCGAGCCAAAUUUGAGCAAAUCAACAUGGAUCUCUUUGAAAAAUGUAUGCAGAUUGUUGGGAGUUGUCUACGCGAUGCUAACAUGGUCAAGAGUAGUAUAGAUGAUAUUGUCCUUGUCGGGGGUUCUUCUAGAAUUCCCAAAGUGCAGCAGCUAUUGCAAGACUUUUUCAAGGGAAAGGAUUUGUGCAUGAGCAUGAAUCCAGAUGAGGUUGUUGCUUAUGGUGCAGCUGUGCAGGCUGCUUUGCUAAUUGAAGGCAUCGAGAGUGUUCCAAAUUUGGUUUUGCAAGAUAUUACACCAUUGUCAAAUUUGGUUUUGCAAGAUAUUACACCAUUGUCUCUUGGUAUAUUGACAAAAGGCGAUAUCAUGAAUGUGGUGGUUCCUAGGAACACUCCUAUUCCUGUCAAGAUGACAAGGGAAAGAUUUCAAACAAGUGUUGACAACCAAUUUGGCGUCUCAAUUAAUGUGUACGAGGGCGAGAGAAAAAAAGCCAGUGAGAACAACUUGCUGGGUUUGUUUGGUCUCAUAGUUCCCCGUGCUCCUCGUGGCCUUAGUAUUAAAGUAAGCUUUGCUAUAGAUGCAGAUGGUAUACUAAAUGUAACUGCUGAGGAAGAAACAUCGGGAAGUAAGAAAGAGAUUACAAUAACAAAUGAAAAUGGAAGACUGUCAACUGAAGAAAUUGAGAGAAUGAUCCAAGAAGCUGAGGGUUUUAAGGUUGAAGAUAUGAAGUUCCAAGAGAAAGCUAGGGCAAUGAAUGCUCUGGACAAUUAUCUUUACAAGAUGAGUAAAGUAAUGAAAGAUGAAAGUGUUAGUUCCAUGCUGACUCCUGCAGACAAAAUGAAGAUCAAUUCUGCAAUUAUGAGCGGAAAAAAUUUGAUUGAUAAUCAGUGCAACCAACACCAAGAAACAUGUGUGUUUGUGGACUUCAUGAAGGAGCUUGAAAGCAUAUUUGAAUCCAUGUUGAACAAGAUCAACAAAGGGUUCUUACUCUUAUGA